CUCUCUCCUCAUUUUCCCGAAACCCUAAUUCUUACACUCAGCAACCAUGCCGCCAAAGCUUGAUCCGUCGCAGGUGGUGGAGGUCUACGUCCGGGUCACCGGUGGCGAGGUUGGAGCAGCGAGUUCACUCGCUCCCAAAAUCGGUCCCCUCGGUCUCUCCCCAAAGAAGAUCGGGGAAGAUAUUGCAAAGGAGACAGCCAAGGACUGGAAGGGUUUAAGAGUGACGGUGAAGCUGACCGUCCAGAAUCGUCAGGCGAAGGUUGCGGUUGUUCCAUCGGCGGCUGCGCUCGUCAUCAAGGCCUUGAAGGAGCCGGAACGGGAUCGGAAGAAGACGAAAAACAUCAAGCAUAAUGGAAAUAUUUCUCUGGAUGAUGUGAUUGAGAUUGCGAAGAUUAUGAAGCCGAGAUCGAUGGCGAAGGAACUUGCUGGGACGGUGAAGGAGAUUCUGGGUACGUGUGUGUCGGUUGGAUGUACCGUCGAUGGAAAGGACCCGAAGGAUUUGCAGCAGGAGAUUAACGAUGGAGAUGUUGAAAUUCCUCAGGAUUAAGAAGUAGGUUUAUCUUUUUGUUUUGUUUCCUAGACUUUUUGCAUUGUUGAAGAUUUUGUUCAAUGGAUUUAGUAUUUGAGUAAUUGAGAUGUUUUAUAUGCUGGUUAAGAUUUUCUGUUAUUGUUUAAUUAUAGUUUUUUUUUUUCUUACAUGUUGAGUUGAGUAAUUUAGUAUUUGAUUAAUUUUUUUUACAUUAAUUUGUUUUUCACAUGUUGAGUAAUUGUGUUAGAUAGUUGUUAAUUAGGUUUGGGUUUAAGAGCAUAAUGUCAAGCUUUAGUUAGUUGAGCUUCUUGGUAUUGUUUUGGAUUCGGAAAUGGAUUUCCUGCAGUUACUUUGGUCUUACCGCAGCAAUGCUGUUAUGUUUUUUCCGAUUGGAAACCGAAACCAAAAUGGAGAGAUAUAUUAUUGGGUCAUUUUUGGACUGUUUUAAACCGAAACAUUCAUAUAGCUUAACCGUAGACCCUGCUGUUUCAUUAUGGAACUGAUCGAAGUGUGUUUUGUUUUAUAAACAUUGCAAUCUAACUUGAGAUGAUGCGAAGUGUUGAGAAUUUUUUAUGCAAUUCUGGUAUCACAGGAAUCCAAUUCCAUCUGUGUGUGUUCAUGUAUUUUUUUUCUUUCUGCUGUAACUGUGAAGGACAUGCUAAGUUAUCGUUUAUUUUCUAUCCUGUGUAAAGUUAUAGCUAGUAAUACUCUGGGCUAUCUUACUUUUUUUUCCUCAUUGGGUGGGGGCAAUUUGAUAGGCAGACUUAAAUGGCUUACUUUUUUUUAGAUGUUUCCCAUGUGUCACGGGGACAUUAUGUCCUCUUAUUUCAAGUGUUGAAAAUUGCAUUUAACAUUAUGAGUUUCCUACAGCAACAAACUAUAAAUGCCGACAUCCUCUUUAAAAGAAAUGAUCGACCAAUGAAGUGUGUUUCACUGAUUAGGUGGAUGUGGAUCAUAGUAUGUGACAUGAUUUUGAUGGUUGAAAUCUUAUUGCAUGAUUUGUUUUUUGUAGUCGAUUCUUGCACAUUUGCAUCUCAAUGACUUAUUGUUAUCUUAACUGUGGGUGAACUUAGUCAGGGGAUUGAGAUUGAAGAGGUAUGAUGAAAUGUGUCUCGGGGUUAAAAAACUUUAGGUUAAGUUUCUAUUCAUAAGACAUGUUUUUUUGUUUGUUCUGGUGUCUGUUUUUGCUACUUACUUACUAAGCAGAAGAGUAAGCUGAAGUAGUUUCACUCAUUGAAGCAAAAGUAUUAAUCAUCUCCAUUAUUUUCCUAACUUUCACUGUUUAAUUCAUUUUAUGGAAAAAUACUUUUUUAGAUUAAGCAUGCUGUAAAAAAAUGUUAUUGGAUUUUGAAUAUGGUAUUUCCUGGUUGUAUAUGAAAUCUUGUUCAUUAGAUCAUUUAGGUUGUAGCCUGUAGGGGUGUAAAGGAGAAAAUUCGAAGCUAAUAUCUGAGUUUGAUUAUCUAAUUCUUUAACAUGUUGAAUCUGCUUGAAAUGUUGGGUUUUUAUUGAAUAGAUCUUGUAAAAAAAUUAUAGAAAUAUUGUUGGGAGUUUCGUUCUAUUUUUGGGUAAUGUAUUUUAAUAUUAAGGGAAUUGUUCACUCACACCGUGUUGAAAAUUCAGAGUACUCUUUUCACACCUUCUGAAUUUCGAAAUCUGAAUGCAUCGUGACACUAUAAAUCCGAUAUCAUAGCCACACAUUAUACUCUGAAAUUUCGACGCAGUCAUUUAAGUGGUGCAUAUAGUAUUUUUCUUUACUUUCCCUUACAUUUCAAAGCAAUUAAAGAAUUUCUCUCAGAGAACAGCAUAACUCAUUAAUCUCUCUGUCCAACAUUUUUUCAAAUUUUUCUCUCAAUAUCUACUUUUGUGCAUUCAAACCAGUAACUUCAUCAACUUCUACUUAUAUUCAAGAUAAGCAAUUUCAUCUCUCAUAGUCGGUAAGGUAUUUAUUCAUUCUUGUUUUUUUUUGUCAUUUGAUGCAUGCAAUGCAUUUCCUUAAAUGAUUCUAGUUAAAAUCCAUUAGGCUACAUCGAAUUGAAAUGCAUUUGAACUACAUUAGAUUAUAACCUAUGUUUAAAUCAUUCUGCAUUUGAACUUCUCAUUGAUACGAGGAAAUUCAUAUUUCAAAGUCCGUAUUCACCCCUAUGAAAAUUUGGAUUUCAAAAUGAUUAUGUUAUGACUUAUAUAUGGUUUAUGCUGUAUUCGCCCCUAUGAAAAAUUUGAAUUUCAAAAGGACUAUUUUUUGAAUUAUGUAUGAAUGACAUAAUAGUUCCGAUUUCAUACUAUGAAAAUUUUACCAUACUAUCCUCUUCCUAUUUUUAAGACACUCUAAUCUCCACUUCAUAUUUUGCUUUCCACAUUUAGCAAUCUUAAAAAACAAAUCCCUGAAAAAAAAAAAACUAUAUUUGUCCCUCAUUGAUAGUUUUGAAGCUAUUGGCCAUGAGUUAUUCUAGUUCCCUUGCUCUCCAACCUCACAUUACCUCAGUUUGUUGCGUAGCCUCUUUAAGUUUGCAUGUAUAUAUAUCCCUCAUCAUUCCUCAAUACCAAUUCAUUCAAUCAAUUCACAGCAUUCAUAAAACAUCCCUCAAAGAAACUGUGUUAUAGUUUUCCACUAGUUAUUCUUUUUCGCUUGCAUUCUCUCUCUGUGUUUCAUUCAAGGGCAUAGAGAGAGAUUGACCUAAUAAAAAUAAUAAAGCUUCAUCAAGCGUCACGUACACCACCACCGCGACAAACAAGCUGCAAUGGCAGGAGAACAAAGGCCCGCGAUGAAGCCAUGGAUGGAGGUUGCACCUUCACUUCUUGAGUUCCCUUGGAAACCCUCCAACAUUCCUAAGCUAGAGACCAUAUUUGAAGACAGAGAUGAAGAAUGUGAAGAUGAUGGUCUUGCUGACUUUUGAUUGUUUUUUACUUUCAUUUGGGCUAUUCAAACAUGGCCCGAAUAUUAUUUCUUGCGUCCUAUGAGUAGAGAGACGUUAUUUAAAACAAUUAUUAGUAGCAUAUAGAAACUAUCAGAGGUUGAAUGAUUUUUUUUGUAGAUGCUAUUUUCUCUGAUAUGUUUCAACAUUGCGUAGUUGAAUUUGUAAAUACUUCUUUUGUUGUGAAAUAGUGAAACCAAGGAACUCAGAAAUUUGAAUA